GGAAGUGUUGAAGUCUUUUUUUUUUCUUUUUUUUUUUCCGUGCUUUUUUGCAGACUAUAAGUGAAUGUUCUGAGUUUGAAUAAUUAUUUGACUCUUUUGUACAUUUUGUAUCUUCAUUCUUUUUUAAACUGGAUACUUUUCAAAAGUUUUUUGUUGAGAGAAUUGGUUUGGUACUAAAUGCACCUCACAAAACUUUCCAAGUGAGUCUCUCUCUCUCUCUCUUCAGCCAGAACUUCUCUUCAGCUCUGUCUUCUGCCAGUACAAUUUUUAAUAUUAAUUAAUGUAAGAGGAAGGUAUCUCGAGAUUAACACAAGAUUAACCCUCAUUUUCUUACUAAGGGUUAACAGUAGAAGAAUAUAUUAAAAGAAGAAAAAGGAAAUGUUACAGUCAUAGAGUAUAGAGAGAUGUAAUGCUAAGUAUAAAUUAUGAACCACACUAAAACAAGCAAGCAUAUUUUUUUCACCAAAACAGAGGUUUAUCCACCAUUAAAGCUAUCUCUCCAAAGCCCUGUGAUGCUGAUAUUGCAUACUCUCUUAAGUGGAAUUUUAUCCUGUAACCAUUCAGAAAAAGAAUUGAGAAUAUGAUACAGCACUUUUUUGUAUUUAAUUUCUUAACUUGUGUAGUUUGGAUGGUGUUUGAUUAAAAUAGGCCUUGCAAGGCCACCCCAUCACUGCCAGAAUAAAUCAUUUUGGAAAAAUGUCACAAUCAGCAUCAAUUUUCGUGUUUAAAAAUACAUUCGAUGAAGAAAUACCUUCAAGUUCAAGGUAAAAUGAAUGAAAUGUGAAUAGAUAUUCCUACAUACAUCAUUUCUAAAUUGAUUGUGGGAAUGAGUCCAAGAGUUUUAUCUCAUCUUGGUUCUUUGAUUCUUCCAUUAGUUUGUGGUCAAACACAUUUUAAUUUGAUCAGAAUAUACAGUACUGUGCAAAAGAUUUAGGCACUUGUGAAAACUGUUGCAUAGUGUGGAUGUCUUCAAAAAUAAUGCCAUAAAUAGUUUUCAUAUAUCAAUUAACGUCAUUCAAGGUGCAGUAAACAUAAAACAAGCUAAAUCAAUAUUUGGUGUGACCACCUUUGCCUUCAAAACAGCACCAAUUCUCCUAGGUACACCUGGACACUUUUCUUAGUUGUUAGCAGAUAGGAUGUUCCAAGCAUCUUGGAGAAUUCACCACAGUUCUUCUGUCUAUUUAAACUGUCUCCAUUUCUUCCACCUCAUGUAAUCCCAGACUGACUCGAUGUUCAGUGGGGGGGGCGCUCUGUUGGGGUCAUGCUAUCUGUUGCAGGGUUCCCUGUUCUUUUCUGUUCUAUUAUAUUUGCAAAAAGUAAUGUUUGGGAGUCUAAAAUGUAUAUUUCCUAUUGACACACUAAAGCUGAAGAUAUAAAUAACCAUCUUAAGACAAAUGUAAAACACUUUUGCACAGUACUGUACAUUUAGGUUUUUUUGUCUUGAUUGUUUUGGAUCAGAAUUCACAUCUGUAAACUGUCUGUCUUCUGGAAAACUCACAUGAAACAGUAUACACCAUAUGUCCCUGGUCAAAUAUAAUCACUCUACCAAUGUAGUGCGGUAUUGUUUGGUGGAAAUAUGACUUACCAGAAUUGCUCCACCAAGGGUAACUAUGACACCUCUGAUAUUUACAGCUUGAUUGCCUGUUUAUGAGCUCAGCCAUCCAUGCGCUGUCACACAGGUCCAAAGGUUCAGCACUUUACCUUUAUGGAGGAAAAAAAAAUAGACAGUUUAAUCUGUUUUUAUUCGUUCGUUUCAUUGAUUUAAAGUUCAUUGACACAUAGCGGGAAUUGUCUUUUGUAGAUCUACACUGCUUUUUGCCAGAAAUUUUACAGGCUUUGAUUAAGAGCCUUAUAUCCUUAUUAUUGUUCUCUGAUGUGGUUUUGUGGCAUUAAUAAUUUGGCUAAUAACCUUUCCUUGUUUCUAUUUGCAUUUCAUGAUACAGAGGGCAGAACCUCCUCUAUCAUAACUUAUUGAUGCACUGGUCAGGGAGCAAAGUCAAAGUAUCAUAAACUCCUGUUGUCCACAGUCAGACACCUAAUGACACCUAAUGCCACCUCUUCUUACUGAACACUUGGACUGGGGAUCUGUUCUGACUUCAAGGAAGAGAGACAGAACAUAUAUUACAUAAAUUUUUUUUUUGCUUGUCACUAAAUACUAAAUCCACAGGUAAGGCAGCUGACACUGUUUUGUUCCAUUUUGUACAUCCUUGGUAGAGUUUUGCAAGUAAAGGCAGAUGUUUUAAUUUUGUCAUGGGUACUGUACUGCAAAUCAAUUCUGGCUGUUAUAUUAGGCCAUUUAGGAUUUAUUUGAUGUAUUCCAGUCUCUGUUGAUCCAUUUAUGAACUUGAAAUCUGCACAUAUGAUUCACUAGUUGGGGACGUUACUUAAGUGAUUUGCUGACCUUAAGUAUGCCUAUAAAUGGUUGAAAUGGUUUUGCUUGAGUGUAAUGGAAAUAACAGAAGUGCUGGUGCAUUCUAGAUGGUAAAUUUUUUCUGGGGUGGUAGUGACUGAUUUAAAAUGUUCUCUUUUUUUGUCAAAUAUUCAGACUGGGGGAGGGAAGGACUCAGUCAUGGUGGUUUUAAGAAAGGGAGAUUAUGUGUGGUUGGAUGGCAGUGAUGGGGUUUCAUUGGGAGCUGAAGUCAGACUCUCUGACACUGGCCAAAUGCAACUCAUCGAUGAUGAGGGAAAGGAGCAUAAGAUUAAGAAGGAGAGCUCUCUGAAGCCCAUGCAUCCCACUUCUGUGAAAGGUGUGGAUGACAUGAUACGGCUGGGUGAUCUCAAUGAGGCUGGACUGUUACGGAACCUUUUAGUGCGUUUCAAAGCGGGAAUCAUCUAUACAUACACAGGGUCCAUUCUGGUGGCAGUUAACCCUUACCAGUUGCUGCCCAUAUACACUCCAGAGCAGGUGGAGCAGUACACAAACCGGCGUCUGGGUGAUCUCCCCCCUCACGCCUUCGCCAUUGCAGACAACUGUUUCUUUAACAUGCGCCGGAAUCGCAAAGACCAAUGCUGCAUCAUUAGUGGGGAGUCUGGAGCAGGAAAAACAGAGAGCACCAAACUAAUGCUGCAGUUUCUUGCAGCAGUGAGUGGACAGCGCUCCUGGAUUGAGCAGCAGAUUUUAGAAGCCAACCCUAUCUUAGAAGCUUUUGGUAAUGCGAAGACCAUUCGUAAUGACAACUCCAGCCGCUUUGGAAAAUACAUUGACAUCCACUUCACUAAAGGUGGAGCUAUAGAGGGUGCCCGCAUUGAACAGUACCUGCUAGAGAAAUCUCGUGUUUGUCGACAGGCCCCAGAAGAGAGAAACUACCACAUCUUUUACUGCAUGCUGAUGGGCAUGCCACCUGACCAAAAGAAGAUCCUGUCACUGGGAAAUGCUGCAGAAUACAACUAUCUCACCUUGGGUCAGUGCACUACAUGUGAAGGACGGGAUGACAUUAAGGAGUAUGCCAGCUUCUGCUCAGCAAUGAAGAUUCUGACAUUCACAGAGAAUGAUACCUGGGAAAUUAACAAGCUUUUAGCUGCCAUCCUCCAUCUGGGGAAUGUAGACUUUGAAGUCACCAUUAUGAACAACAUGGAGGGCUGUCAUAUUCUCACUUCUUCCCAUUUCAACAUGACUGCACAGUUAUUAGAGGUUGCCCCAACAGCCCUGGAGGUGAGUUUGACACAGCGCUCUCUGAUGACCAACAGGGAGAGUGUGACUAAGCCUCUGACCUCAGCGCAAGCAGUGGAUGGCAGAGACGCCUUUGUUAAGGCCAUCUAUGGAAAGCUAUUUGUGUGGAUUGUGGAGAAAAUCAACAUUGCCAUUUUCAAACCGCCUUCCGAUGACCCCAAAAAUGUCCGGCUUUCAAUCGGUUUGUUGGACAUUUUCGGCUUUGAAAACUUCAACAAAAACAGCUUUGAACAACUCUGCAUUAACUUUGCCAAUGAGCAGCUUCAGCAGUUCUUUGUGAAACACGUCUUCAAGAUUGAGCAAGAUGAAUAUGCUCGUGAAGACAUUGUCUGGAAAAACAUCAAUUAUAACGACAACCAACGCACACUCGAUGUGCUGGCCAUAAAGUCUCUCAACAUUCUCGCCCUUAUUGAUGAAGAGAGUCACUUCCCCAAGGGCACAGACUCUACUUUACUCAAUAAGAUGAAUCAAGUUCAUGAGAAGAGUGAUAUCUACAUCCCUCCGAAGAAUAAUUACGACACACAGUUUGGAAUCAGGCAUUUUGCUGGAGCUGUGUACUAUGACUCCAAAGGUUUCCUUGAGAAGAACAGAGAUGCUCUGAGUAGCGAUGUCAUCCAGUUAGUGCAAACAUCAUCCAAUAAGCUGCUAAAGCAGAUUUUCCACAAUGAGCUCAGCACUUCAGAUGGAAAAACUAGUAGCAAUCACAUUGUCGUCACCCCAAGAAACUCACUCCGGCAAACAUCGGAAUCAAAAAAGCGAGUGCCCACAUUAACUGGUCAGUUUCGGCAGUCGUUGGACUCUUUAAUGAAGGCUCUAACUGCCUGUCAGCCUUUCUUCAUUCGCUGUAUUAAACCCAAUGACUACAAAAAGCCUAUGCUUUUCGACAGGGAGCUGUGCAUCCGUCAGCUUCGUUACUCCGGCAUGAUGGAGACAAUCCGCAUUAGGAAGGCUGGCUAUCCCAUCCGCCACACAUUUGACGAGUUCCUGGAUCGCUACCGUGCACUGCUCAAGUCCAGUGUUUGUGACCCCAAAACUGACAAUGUCAGGACCUGCUGUGAAAGCAUAUGUGGAAAUGUUCUGGUGGAAGACGACUGGAAGAUCGGAAAGACAAAAGUAUUUCUGAAGGAUUACCAUGAUACUGUUUUGGAAUUGGCACGAAACAAAGCUUUGAAUGAGAAGGCUCUUCUUAUUCAGAGAGUCCUAAGAGGAUACAAACACAGGAAACUGUUCCUGAAAAAGAGAGCAGGAGCUGUGGUCAUACAGAAAAACUGGCGUGGAUACAAAGUCAGAAAACUUUACAGAGUGGUCCAGUUGGGUUUUGCCCGUCUGCGGGCUCAGGUGCGUUCUCGUCAGCUGGCCUGGCAGUAUAAACAGAAAAGACAGGCAACUCUGCUGCUUCAGACUCAGACCCGUGGCUAUCUAGCGAGGAAGGAGUGGAGACGAAAGAGAGAGGCAGUGAUCCUCCUGCAGGCUUACACCAGAGGAACUCUUGCCAGAAGAGCAGUCAAGAAGAUAAAGAGAGAUGCUUUCCUCUCACUCCAGGAACGCAAGGCAGAAGAGCUCGCUGUUCUAGAGAGACAAAGGAAGCUAGAAGAAGUUCUGCGUCAGAAAAGAGAAAGAGAGGUGGCGGAACGCUUGGAAUCCUUCAAUGACCAAGAAAUGGUGGAUGACAUCUUUGGCUUCUUGCCUAGCAUGGUUGGAGGACUGGAAGGCCAGGCACCUGUGGGCUUUGAGGAUUUGGAGGGAAAACGAACAGUGCUUGAGGAGGUGGAUCUGGAUGAUGCUCCAAUGAUGGACAUUCCAGAGGAAGACUAUGAUGAUUUGGAUGAGUACUCUUUCUCCAAGUUUGCUUCCAUGUACUUUCAAGGUGCUGCCACACCCACACAUAUUCGCCAGAGAAUGCGUCAGCCCCUGCUCUACCAUGAGGAUGAGAAUGAUGUCCUGGCUUCACUAACAGUUUGGUGGAUGAUUCUGAGGUUUAUGCGUGAUCUCCCUGAACCAAAGGCUCAGCAGAUCUCAAAAAGUAGACCAGGCUUUGCUGAUCGCUCCUUGCAGCAGGAUGUGGCCUCCAGACAGGAUAGACGCCUUAGCCAUAUGGUGGGCCUGGACCAGAGAAUAAGAAGCACAAGGAACACUCAGAACAUGAAUGUUUCUACAAUUCCAGAAGAGGCUUCCCGAAAAUCUUCAGCUCGAAAUAGAAAAACAUCUAUCAAAGUAGAGGCUCAAAACCGCAAACUAUCUGCCAUAGCGGAGCAGGGUCCUAAAAAGAGAAAGACUUCUACUUUUACUGAUCUAAUGUCCCGAAGCAGAAAGACAUCUACAACAUCUGAGGGGGUGCCAGCAAACAGAAGAUCCAGUAGAAAAGCAUCUGUCAUUGAAGAAGAGUCAGUGGAUGGGUCUGAAGUUUCUAAACCACCCACUGUACAAACUAUUAACGAAGAAGAUGAAAUGAUGAACGGAGAGGGACUCACCCUGGACCGACCAAUGACAUCUCUAGAAAAGUUGCAUAUCAUCGUUGGAUAUGCCAUUGUCAGACGUGACCUCAGGGAUGAAAUCUACUGCCAGAUCUGUAAGCAGCUCCAGGAGAACCCGAAUCGGGGAAGCUUCUUCCGUGGCUGGAUCCUCCUGUCCAUCUGCUUGGGCAUCUUCCCUCCUACUGAGCGCUUUAUUAAGUACCUCCAAAGUUUCCUUCGUUUUGGUCCUGUGGGAUACGCACCCUACUGUGCAGAGAGACUGCGGCGCACUGUUGCCAAUGGAGUGCGUGGAGAGCCUCCCAGCUGGCUAGAACUCCAGGCUACCAAGUCUAAGAAACCGAUGGCCAUCUCAGUAACUCUGAUGGAUGGCAGAACUAUCAGUCUGUCUGUAGAUUCUGCAUCUACAUCCCAAGAGGUCUGCCAAGUUCUCUCCCAGAAGGUCAAACUUCAAGUCAUGUUUGGCUUCUCACUUUACAUGGCUUUAUAUGACAAGGUGUGGUCGCUGGGUAGUAGCCGUGAGCAUGUGAUGGAUGCCAUCUCUCAGUGUGAGCAAGAAGUGAAGAGGAAGGGUGGCCAGGAGCAACACGCACCCUGGCGCCUCUACUUCCGUAAAGAGAUCUUCACACCUUGGCAUGACUGCAGCGAGGACACUGUCAGCACAGACCUUAUCUACAGACAGGUCAUCAGAGGCCUGAAAUAUGGAGAAUACCAGUGUGAGAAGGAGGCGGACUACGUUGAGCUAGCAGCAAAACACUUCUAUGUGCAAUUUGGCUCGGACUGCAGUAUGGAGAAUGCCAAGACUGUUGUUCAGGAGUGCAUUAACUCUAAACUACUAGAUGCUAAGUCUGAAGCCAAGUGGGUCCAAAUGAUCAGCACAGCACAUGCACAGGGCCCAUUUAUAAACACUCGGACUAAAUCUGCUCAUGUGAAAGCCGAGGUGGUUGACUAUGCUCGUCAGAAGUGGUCCAUGUUCUUCUCCAAGUUUUUUGAAGCUGCAAAGUUAUCUGGUCCUGCCCUACCCAAGAACAGAUUCAUCCUUGCCAUAAACUCAACAGGAAUAACAUUCCUAGAUGAACGAGAAAAGAAGCUUCUGGUACUGUCUUACCCUGAGGUCACCGGGGUCAACACAGUUAGAGAUAGGAAGUCUGUGUGUUUGCUGACUCUUAAAGGAGACUUCACACUGAAUGCAAUCAUGGCUGUGGAUAUCUCUGAUCUGGUAGCCAUGUUCCUGGCAGGCCUCAUAGAACGGUCAUAUUAUGCUGUUACCCUACAGGAGGUUAACAGACCAGAUGAUCGGACAUUUCUCAGCUUUAAGAAGGCUGAGCUUCUCCUCCUCAUUAAAGAUGAUGAGUUUUCUGUUGACCGUGGUUGGUUGAAGGGUAAGAAUGAACGAACUGGAGAAAUCGGUGCAGUGCCUGCAGAUGCUGUUUUGAUUCUGCCAACUCUGACCAAGCCAACCAAUGAAGUCCUGAGCCUGAUCAGCUUGUCCCCAGAUCAAAGAAAGACCAUCAUCGAUAGCGCUUUCAAAGGAACCGUGACUGAGAGAGUGGCUCUUGCAACCCUUCAAGAGUUCUCCAUUGAAUAUUUCAGGCAGCCCGUUAAAGAUGUGAACAGACAGGUGAUUGCUAAGAAUGCAGCACCUGAGAGGCUGUGGGCCAACUCAAGAGAACCCAUCAGACAGCCCCUGCUCAAGAGACUGGUGGGAAAUCCAGAAUUAAGCCCACAAGCCUGCCAGGCCUUCACUGCUAUCCUAAAAUACAUGGGCGACUACCCCACCAGACAGAUCCAGAGCCCUCUGGAACUCACAGACCAGAUCUUUGGGCCACCUACACAGAAUGAAGUACUCAGAGAUGAGAUCUACUGCCAGAUCAUGAAACAAAUGACCAGCAACAACAACCGGUACAGUGUGGAGCAGGGCUGGCAGUUGCUGUGGCUGUGUUGUGGUCUCUUCCCUCCCAGUAACUCUCUGCUAAAACAUGCUCAGCGUUUCAUUGAGACACGCAAACAAGAGCCACUUGCCCUAGACUGCCUCCAGAGAUUGCAGGGGGCUCGGAGAAUGGAACCCAGGAAGCUUCCACCUCACCAUGUAGAAGUAGAUGCAAUUCAGCAGAACAGCACCCAGAUCUUCCAUAAAAUGUACUUCCCGAAUGACACUCACGAGAUUUUUGAGGUGGCAACCAACACCAGGAUAAAGGACCUGGUCCAGACCAUUGCCAAGAAACUCAUGUUGGUCUCAGCUGAUGGGUUUAGCCUCUUUGUGAAAACUCCAGAUAAGGUUCUGAGUUUGAAUGAAACUGACUACUUCUUUGACAGCCUGAGACAGAUUACUGAUUGGUCCAAGAGAGCAAAGAGAGUGAAUCAGAGUGGUCCGGUGAACAUUUCUUACUUGGUGUUCUUUAUGAGAAAACUAUGGUUCAACAUAAGCCCUGGGAGAGACGUGGAGGCUGAUCUCAUCUUCCAUUACCCACAGGAGUUGCCCAAGUACCUGCGAGGUUAUCAUCGUUGCACGAAAGAAGACAUGGUGCAGCUCGGUGCUCUGCUCUUCAGAGUGAAGGUGGACAGUGAUAAAACUCAGUUUCCCAUGAUUCCUAAGAUGCUGAAAGACCUGGUUCCUAAUGACCAGCUUAAAACUAUGUCUGCUGAUGAAUGGAAGAAGAACAUUUUUGCGGAGUACAACAAACAGGCAGGGAUGACAGUGGAACAGGCCAUGGUUGGCUUUCUAAAGAUUGUCUAUAAAUGGCCCACAUUUGGCUGUGCCUUUUUUGAUGUGAAACAAACAUCAGAGCCCAAUUUUCCUGACAUUGUGAGGAUUGCCAUCAGCAAACAGGGUGUCACAAUCAUCCAUCCCAAAACAAAGGACAUCUUGGCAGUGCAUCCAUAUAACAAGAUUGCAAACUGGUGCAGUGGAAGCACAUACUUUCACAUGACUGUAGGAAAUCUGGUCAAAGGGAACAAAAUCCUAUGUGAAACCUCCCUGGGCUAUAAAAUGGACGACCUGCUGACUUCUUAUGUCAACAUGUAUCUUAGUGACAGGAGAGGACCAAGAAGAAAUCAACAUUAUGACUAAAGAUAAUAGACCAGCAAUAAGAAGUUUUCUCUGUCUUUCAUAUGGCAUACACUCACAUAAAUGCUUAAAAAAAAAAAAAAAAAUGGAGAUAAUGAGAGAAACUCUUUUUUUGAAAAAAGUUUGGAGAGAAAACAAAUCAUGUUCUUUUAUAAUAUAGCCAUCAUUUAUGUUCUUAUUUUGUUUUGGGUCUCUAUGAUGUGAUAUGCCAUAAUAUCUUGCAAGAUGGGUGAUCCAAAGGAUUGCAUUAGUACUAAAUGAUGUAUCUAUUGCCUCUAAGAUCCACGUUAUACUCUCAAUUUAAAGUUUCUCUGAAUAUAGUUUUGUUGCCAGAUAAUGAUCCUGCAAUGGCUUUCUCCUUUUCUCCCUGCUCACUGUAAAGACUGUCAUUACAAUUUUGUUUUAGUUUACUGGUUAAAAGUGCACUCUGUAAUGUUGUACAUUAUGUUGUGUUGGCAGUUGUCUUGAACAUUUACUGACACCUGGUGUUGUGGAUGCAGCAUCAUA